ACCCUUGGCUGACUAAUUCAAUAAUCUAUCCUUGUUUGCUAUUGUGGUUGGCUACUUCAAUAGAUGACCCUCAAAAGGAGUUGCUAAGACACUCACUGUCAGUGAACCAUGAAGGAAGACAUCUUGGAUUUUUUCAGUAACUUGUGGAAGGUGGCCACCACCAAGCAUGACCAGGGGAUCUACAAUACAGUCUGCCUGGUGGUGCUGCUAGCCCUGCCUAUGGUGGUGCUCUUCACUUCUCUGGUGGUGUGCUGCCACUGCUGCUGCUGUCGCCGGGCCAACUCCACUGGUUGCUGCGGAGACAGCCCAAGUUCAGACACAGCCAAAUCAGACAAAAAGAAGAAGAAGAGUCCCAAAAAUGAGGACUUGUGGAUCUCGGUCAAAACAGGACCUAUGACACAAGACAGGGUUGCCCUGACGAUGGUGUAGUAGUCGUGACUGAUGUUCAGAUAAGGUUUCAUUCUUUUGUAUUUAUAUGAAGCUCUUUUUUACUGCAAGGUACAGGUACAUAAUGCUGGGCAAGGCCAGGCCUUAGCCUUUUAAAGGCCCUAAGCGAUAUUUGUUUUUAAGUUUUAAAGUUAAUUUCCUGCAAUUCUACACAUUUUGCCAUGGGGUGUACAGAAAAUGUUUUCGUUUUAAAUCACCCUUUUCCAGUUCUACACAUUUUGCCAUGGCGCAGAAAGAACUUUUGCAAUUUUAUAACAAAUUUCAUGCCAUUCUACACAUUUUGCCAUGGGGUAGAGAUACAUUUUUUGACCGUUUGAAAGCAACUUUCCUGCAAUUCGACAUAUUUUGCCAUGAUUUAAUGAUACCUGAGUGACAGUGACGAACAAAAUCAACGAGGGCCCCAUGGAGGUCAGGGCCCCUAGGCACGUGAACUGCGUGCCCAGUCGGUAUUCAGCCAUGAUUAUGCCUGGAGCCGGCACUGGUGUUCAAUAUGCUCCAUAGAAACUCCUGAAAGAGACUAAAAGAGCCAAUAAUAUGUGAUUGAUUGUGUGUGUGCGUGCAUGUAUAUGUGUGCCUGUGCAUAUGCACGUACGUGUUACUCUCAAACUCAACUCUGUACCUUGAAGCUAGUUCCACAGCAUUUUUUGUAUUGUUUCCUUCUAAUCACAGACUGAUUUAGACCUGAGACACCAGGUGUGUGCAAUUACCGAUCAGGUAGAACAGAAAACCAGCAGGCUCCAGACCUCAAAGGGUAAGAGUUGAAUACCCCUGUGUUAGAGUGUGCACUCAACCAGAAGGUUGAGGACUGCUUUUUAUUUCCAAUGCUGGAGGCCAGCAAUCUAGUAUUGUGAUUCGAUUAGAAAGAUCAUGUUUUUUAUAGGUUAGACCAUUUCAAGUUCAAAGCACUUGCAGUUAUUGCACUUACAAUGUGAACAAUGUGAACUUAUGUAACUACUUUGAAAUCUUUUGCUGUAUCUGCUAUAUCCACUAAAUGGAGAUCUCAAUUCCAUUCAUGAGUUGACUAUCAAUCGCUGAAUUUAAUAGAACAAAGUGAAGCACUGAGAUCUUUCAUUUACAUUCCCGUAGAGUAUGCUAAAGCUCAGUAUUGUUGAUGAAUGAGUGUUUCUACCCAACAGUUCCAUGUGUUACGUUACCUUAUGCUCACAUUGCCAUGUGUACUGUCUUGCACUGUCCCUAUUGGUUCAUAAAAUCAUUAUGCGUUAUUAUUAUUAUCUCCAGGCUCUCAGACUUUGGGGUGCUAAGUGAAUCCUUCUUACAUCUUUAUCCCUCAGUGCCAAUAGCCAUCAUUUCACAUGUAGUGAUAUUUACUGGCAUAUCAUAGUUGAGGUACUAUGCCGUCAUUCAGUAUUUUCUACACCAUUGUGUUGAUAAAAUAUAAGUUGUGUGCAUAUGGGGCAUUGUGUGCUAAAUGCACACAUUUUGGCGUGGCAGGUAGCCUAGAGGUUAGAGUGUUGGGCCAGUAACCGAAAGGUUGCUAGAUCAAAUCCCUGACCUGACAAGGUAGAAAUAUGUUGUUCUGCCCCUGAACAAGGCAGUUAACCCACUGUUCCUAGGCUGUCAUUGUAAAUAAGAGUUUGUUCUUAACUGACUUGCCUAGUUAAAUAAAAUAAAAAUGUAUGCAAAUAGAAGUUUAUAAUUGAUUUACAAAUCCGGUGACAAAUCAGUUUCAUUUGUUUUGUUUUUUAUUAUCCCUGUUUUAAGAUCCAUAUUUUGUGCCUAAUAGGCUUCUGUAUUAGUUAUUCACUAAUCUUUGAUCGAGCCAAAUUAUGCAUUAGAACAUACAGGUAACUGACAAAAUAAAGGAAACACCAACAUAAAUAGGGCGUUGGGCCACCACAAGCAGCAAGAACAGUUUCAAGGUGCUGUGGCAUAGAUUCUACAGUCUGGAACUCCAUUGGAGGGACACAACACCGUUUUCCCACAAUAAAUUCUAUAAUUUGGUGUUUUGUUCAUUGUGGUGGAAAACUCUGUCUCAGGCAUGAUCUGGUGAAUGAGGCAUGCAUGCAUGCACGCACACACACACACACACACACACACACACACACACACACACACACACACACACACACACACACACACACACACACACACACACACACACACACACACACACUUUAAACCCCCCUAAGCUCCUUUGAGACCCCUCUUUCAAAGUCAAUGAGAUUUCUUCUUCUAGUCAUGCCAAAACAAUGGGAAACUGGGCAUUUUACAUAUGACCCUAAGCAUGAUGGGAUGUUAACUGCUUAAUUAACUCAGGAACCACACCUGCGUAAAAGUACUUGCUUUCAAUAUAAUUGGUAUCACUCAUGCAGGGCUAUAUUCCAACAGAUCCGAUUUAGCCGACAUCCAGAUAGCGGUUGUUUUGACGUGUCAGAGGUGGAACUGUGUUACAGCUGUCAAAUCCACAAGCGGCUCCUGGCAUUAUAGCCUACCUAAAGGGGACAUUGCCAUUGACUGCACGGAGUCGCAUUAAGAUAAAUCUCCUGCAGCCUUGUUUACAGGUUUGAACACUGGAAUGUGAGAUGUAAUCUACACCUCGAUUAGGCUGAUAGAAAUCCUCAUUACUUUAAUGAUUUUUGAUUUGAACAUCAUUAUUUCUGUAUAGCCUACACUCUCCUUUUGAACUUUUAAUGCAAGGGUGAUUGAUGGGUUACAAUGAUCAAGAGCAGCUGCUCUCCAAUUUGACAGCUCCAACGCAGUGACACCUUCGACACCGCCAGAACAUCAGUUAUGUGGGGGGCGGCUACCGCCAGUUAAUGCUCGAUCUGAUUGAGUCUAGGCCUUACUCAAGUGUUUCCUUUAUUUUGUCAGUUACCUAUAUAUUCUGUCUGUUUGUCAUCACACAAGAAAUCGCUGAGGUGAUACAUUUUCGAGUUAUGAGCUCAGGCCACACUGGCGGCUGCGUGAAUCAUUUAUCCUGUCAUUUGAUUUUACAAAACAGCUGGAGAAAAGAGGGACAAAAUAACGUAUUUUUGUAGCUUUGUUGAUUCUUUGUUGGUUGGUUCAUGUGUGGUUCACAAUAGAUGUGUUUAGAAGAUUUCUGUUAUCUUGUUUGUUGCAUAAAUUGACUUCAUCCCUAGAGAACUUGGGCAAAUGUAUCAUAAUUUAAUCCUAUAUUUGGUAACCAACAUAAAGCAUUAGCAUCCACACACUCUGGAUGUUUGUUGUUAUUUCAAACUGAUGUAGUGAUAGUCUGGUUCUGGAGCAGUGACUAGCCAAUUCUAUGUGUCGAGAUAAUGAUUUGGGGGUUUCCUACUCUCUGUCAGACAUGCCGUGUUGCUGAGUUCUACAGCUCUGACAGGCCUAGACAUUCAGAGGCAGAGCACAGACAUUCAGUGGAAAGUCUAUGUGGGCUGAUGGCAGUUUGUCUGCCAUGACACAACCCACCAACCCCAGCAGUACUCCACUUCUAAACAAAACAAGUCUUGUUUGAAUACUACACUACCACUCAUGGAAAAAUUACAUCAACCCUUUCCUUAGCCUCACACACACUUCAAUGGAGAUUCAGCCUAUGCUCAUGGGUAGGUACUCUGUUGUAUGAAAGCCUGUUUGUCAGAUGCCACUUUGGAAUCUGAGCACCAAACUUGAGCUCAUGUUGAACUUGUUCUCUGUGAGUGAGGUAAAUAGCCACAGACUCAAAACACUGCUGCAUGUAUACUCAAAAGUGUUGGGAUGACAAAAUAAGCAUAUGUUAAUUGACAAUUGAAGUAACCUUUGAAGCAAGAAUAAGCGCAUAAAGGAGUCAUUCUCAGGGUAAAACUGUUUUACUUAUUUUUUCUACAGGAGAUUACAUGUGUCUAACUGGAUAAAAAUGUGUGAAGAAUUGUGUGUGAGGCAUUUCCUUCCCUUUCCAUCCCUAUUACAUUCAUCUCAGCAUUAAAGACAUGCUACGCUACUUUGCCGACUAAGAAAGUAUUUUUUAAUAACCUCCCACUUUGGGCUGGAUGUGUGAAUGUGUAGUUCAUACAUGUAUAAUCUAAGAGCAGAAUACUGUCUUACCUCAAUUAUUCACAAUUCCUAAUUUCAAAGUGACUGGUUUCUUGAACCUGUGCCGCACCAUUUCCCCUAUAUUUCCCCCACGUCGACAGCCCCCUAGAAAUUAGAGUUCUAGCCAAUGAGUUUCAGCCCCUCGCAUUUGUGUAUUUCUAGCAAGAGACCUGCCCUUCAUUAUCUAAUGAGGUUGCAGGGCGGGCCCAACAGCUCAUUGGACACAGCAGAGAGAGAGAGAGAGAGAGAGAGAGAGCAAUGAUGUGGUCCACAUAUCUGCACAUAUGUGGCGUACAGUAGUACGCAAUUGUCGGGGACCACUUUUGGCUCGUGAGUGUUACUUUCAGACUAGUGGCUGAAAAGUAUUAGAGAAUCUCUUUAAGAGCUCAUUUGCCCCGCAGUGCUGUUAUAGGAACCAAUCUUCUUUAUAGUAAUUUGCAAUCAAUGUGGUUCAAAUAGCUAUUGCAUCAAUUGGCUCCUGUGAGACAUUUCAAAAGCUCAGCUAGAAUAUUCCACAGUAGGCCCCAUCCUCUUCUUCCUUCUUUUUCAUUCUCGCUUAACUUUGUGAAUAUCUUUCUUGCAUUGUUAUUCACACAGUCCAAUGUGUGAAAUCAUUCCUCAGCAGUAAAUUGAAACGACAGCUGAGAAACCAGGGGAAGUUGAGAAACCUCAACUUUUGGUAUGAUACACAACUCAAGUGUAGGUUAUCCUAGACUGUGUCUGUCAAAGAGAAAACCAUAGUCAUUCAACUCAAAAAGGACAUAAAUAGGGACCAUUUUCAAAUGUCCUGUCAAGAUCAGGUUACCUGUGAGGUUAUGUCACAAAGUGAUAUGAAUGGUAAAAAGCAAAAGGAAACUGCAAAUCUGCUAUUCUGUUUUUCUGGUAUAUCUAACCUUUUCUGCAAAUCUAACCCUGUUUCUGGGAAAGAGAUGGUGAAAAUCAAACGUGUUCUACUUCGUUCCUCUUCAAGUAUGAAUUUAAUUAGUUGAUUAACAUCAACUGCAUCUUUUUGAUAAACACUGUGUGAAGUCAUGUCCCAUUCAAAUAGCACUCUCUGUCACUGCAGGCAUAGAUGCUACUGUGUCACGCCCUGACAUUAGAGAUCCUUAUUAUUUUCUAUGAUUGGUUAGGUCAGGGUGUGACUCGGGUGGGAAAGUCUAUGUUUUCUAUUUCUUUGGUUUUUGCUGAGUGUGGUUCCCAAUCAGAGGCAGCUGUUUAUCGUUGUCUCUGAUUGGGGAUCAUAUAUAAGUUGUCAUUUUCCUUUUGGAUUUUGUGGGGUCUUUGUUUUCUCUUUAGUGUCUGUUACCUGACAGAACUGGGCGCUUUCGGUUUGUUAUUUUGGUUGAGUGUUUUUUGGAUAAUAAAAUCGUGAACACUUUC